ACUUUGGGCUUUUGACCCGAAGGGACGCAGCUUGUCUCGGUCUGAGGCGCGCGUUAAGGCGCGGAGAUGGCACUAAAACGCGCGCCUUACAUCCCCGCGCGCGUUCUGGUGACAUCCGCGCGCUUGUCCUGCAGUGCCGCAGGUUUCCGUUGAGCUGAAGGCGGUGAGAAAGUUGCAAUCUGCGCCGCUGCUCCGUCGUCAUCGUCCUUGUUUUUUUUAUCUGCGCGCGCAAGCCCGCGACCCACUGGCUGGUUUCAUAACGAGAGCGUGGAAUGGAGCUGUGAGGGGGACGGACGCGGCGGCCCUUCACAGCAGCGCUGAUCUUCAUCCACGGAGCAUGCAGAGCGCGCGCUGAGCGGAGGAGGAGAUGCUGUAGAGGAGGCUGCUGGUGCUGAUGCUGCUGCUGCCGCUGCUGCCCCAUCAGCUGUUCUUUGCGUCUUGAGCAUCAUCGGUCAGAGAGAGACAGAGAUCCGGGACACCGCAGACGCAGGAUGGACUUCAAGCAUCUGGUGGAGGCGGCGGAGAAGUGGUGCUCCGGGAACCCGUUCGAGCUCAUCUUCGCCGAAGAGAACGACGAGAGGCGGCUGGACUUCUAUGCGGAGCCCGGCGUCUCCUUCUACGUGCUGUGUCCCGGCGGCACCGACAGCUUCCAUGUGUGGAGUGAGAGUGAGGACUGCCUUCCCUUCCUCCAACUGGCCCAGGACUACAUCUCCUCCUGUGGGAAGAAGACUCUGCUGGAGGUGCUGGAGAAAGUCUUCACCUCCUUCAGGCCUCUGCUGGGUCUUCCAGACAUAGACGACGACACCUUCGAGCACUUCCACGCCGAUGUGGAGGGGGAACCUGGACCUGACCAGCAGCAGAUGGGGGUCAGCCAGCAGUGAUCAGCCCCCCCACACCCAUGACCUGAGACCUGAACCUGGGCGGAGCUGCUCCCACAUCGGGACAUGAACACACCAAAACAUACUUGCAGUCAACUCGCUGGAAUUGCACCAUUUUUCUUGAAUGUCUGAGUGGCUUUGCUUCCCAAAGAAUGCACUUUGUCCAGUCCUCCAUAGAACAAACACAAGCACACACACACACACACACACACUGGGGAGAUGUACAAGCAAGUAUCAAACUAAUCCUCAAUCUGCUUGGUUCCUCAGAACGAAUCCAGACGUUUCGUUAAAGUCGACAAUAAACCCUUUUCUCAGCUGAAGACCGAGGAUGAGGAAGAAGGAAACGUGAAGGUGUACAGGGGGGGCUCCAUAUACCACACGAUGAACAUCAUGCAGUUACAGGAAACCCAUUUUAGGUGUUUGAUGUUACACAUCGUCACCGACUGUUUUGGAUCAGCCCCCUCCCCCAUGCUGCACAUGACACUCCCCUCCUGCAGUCUUCCUGGUUGUUCAGUUUCCUCCUCUAUCUCUGCUGUCUUCAAUCUGUCAUCUGAUGACCAAGCUGGGGGGCACGCCCUCACCCCAGGGUGGGGAGCACGGCUGGUCGCCCGAGUUCUCUCCAGCCUUGGUGGAUCAGAUAGACAGAUCCACUGCACAUGUCCCCCCUCCCUCAUGAGCCUGUGAUCGUCCAGCAGUCUCCUUUGUUUGCUCAAUAAACCGUGUGAGCAGA